AUGUGCCUCAUCGGAGAGAAGGCGAAAGUCAAUACAAUCGCUCCCCACUUUGGUGAAGAACCGUGCAUUCAGGGGCACAAUGGUAGUGGUUCCGUCUUCAUGAGCGGGUGCAACAUGCGUUGCAUCUUUUGCCAGAAUUACGAUAUCGCACAUCAACGAAACGGGAUGGACUUGACCCCUGAGGAAUUAGGUGACUGGUACCUCAAGCUGCAAGAGGUUGGCAAAGUACACAAUAUCAACAUUGUUACGCCUGAGCAUGUUGUCCCGCAGGUGGCGUUGAGUAUCCUCCAUGCCAAGGACCAUGGCCUGACAGUUCCCAUCGUUUACAACACCUCAAGCUUUGACUCUCUUGCAUCCCUGCAACUGAUGGAUGGAUUGGUCGAUAUCUACCUUGCUGACUUUAAGGUGUGGAAGCCAAGCACCUCUAAAAGGCUACUGAAGGCCGAUGAUUACGCUGCAACAGCCAGAGAGAGCAUUAAGGUGAUGCACGCUCAGGUCGGUGACCUGUGCUUCACCGGAGACGGGAUAGCAAAAAAGGGCUUGCUGAUUCGCCAUCUUGUUAUGCCAGGCAGACAGGACGAAGGAGCCGAAAUCAUGAAGUUCCUCGCAGAUGAAGUCUCUACAGAUUGCUUCAUCAAUAUCAUGGAGCAGUAUCAUCCAGACGCUCAUGUCGGCAAGCCAAAGCGAGCAAAGUCAGAUGGUAAAGAAGAAAAGCAAGAGGUCCGAUACGCAGACAUCAACCGAGCUGUCGAUGCCCAGGAAGUCUCCUUAGUCAGGAAAGCCGCAGAAGAGGCUGGGCUAUGGCGGUUCAACGACCCACCAGGCCACGAUGGGUUUGCAAUCUGA